CAUACAGCAACAGCACCAGCAGCAAAACAGUAACAUGAGCAUAUGUUCUCGGAACAACUUUGUUUGUGAAAUCCAAGUGUUGUCUUUUCCUUUCUAUGUCGUUCCACCAAAGACCCUUCUCCUCACAAGCCCUCUCUCUCCAAACCUUACUCAAACGUGGCUUCACCCCCACUCUAAAACCCAUCAAUCGCUUCAUCCUCUUCCUCUUCAACCUUCACAAGUUCGACCUAAUCAUCCAUUUGUUCUCUCAGUUCAACACCAACAAUGUCCCAGUCAACCACCAAACACGUUCAAUUCUCACGUGGGCACUCCUCAAAUCUCACAGAUUCGAGGAAGCAGAACAAUUCAUGAACACCCACAUGCAUAUCACUCACUCUUUCAUGUGGGACUCUCUUAUCCAAGGUUUCUGUGUGAAGCAUCAAGACCCCGAAAGGGCACUCUCAGUUUUGCAAAGUUGCAUAAGGGACCAUGGUGUGUUACCCUCUUCCUUCACUUUCUGUUCCAUUGUUCACAAAUUGAGCUCGAAGGGUCUCAUGGGUAAGGCCAUUGAGGUGUUGGAGUUGAUGGCUGAGGAUGGUGUUAAGUACCCUUUUGAUGAUUUUGUGUGUAGUUCUGUAAUUUCUGGGUUCUGUAGGAUUGGAAAACCGGAACUUGCUUUGGGGUUCUUCCAGAAUGCUACUGGUUCUGGCUUGUUGAGGCCCAAUGUGGUGACUUGCACGGCUCUUGUGGGUGCUCUUUGUAAAUUGGGAAGGGUUGAUGAAGUGUGUGAUUUGGUUCAAUGGAUGGAGAAGGAAGGGUUGGGUUUGGAUGUUGUUUUGUAUAGUGCUUGGGCUUACGGGUAUGUUGAAGGGAAGGAUUUGGUGGAGGUUUUUAGGAGGAUGAGAGAAAUGGUGGAGAAGGGUUUUGAUCAUGAUGUUGUGAGUUAUACCAUACUCGUAGAUGGGUUUUCCAAGUUUGGUGAUGUGGAAAAGUCGUUUACUUUCUUGGCCAAGAUGAUAAAAGGAGGAUGCAGACCCAAUAAGGUUACAUUUAGUGCAAUCAUGUCUGCGUUUUGUAAGAAGGGUAAGGUAGAGGAAGCAUUUACUGUUUUUAAGAGCAUGAAAGACUUGGGAAUUGAACUAGAUGAAUUUGUGUUUGUGAUUUUGAUUGAUGGGUUUGGAAGGAGAGGAGAUUUUGAUAAUGUGUUUUGUCUGUUUGAUGAAAUGGAGAAGAGUGGGAUUAGUCCUAGUGUUGUUACAUUCAAUGCUGUUAUAAAUGGUUUAUCCAAGUAUGGAAGGACAUCCGAGGCAGACGAAUUUUCAAAAGAUGUUUCUGCAGAUGUGAUUACGUACAGCACGUUGUUGCAUGGGUAUACUGAAGAAGAGAACAUUACGGGGAUUUUGCAAACUAAGAGGCGACUAGAAGAAGCAGGAAUAGCUAUGGAUGUUGUGAUGUGUAAUGUACUGAUCAAAGCACUGUUUAUGAUUGGGGCUUUUGAAGACGUUUAUGCACUUUACAAAGGAAUGCUGGAAAUGAAUCUGGUUCCGAAUUCUGUGACUUACUGCACAAUGAUUGAUGGGUAUUGCAAGGUAGGUAGAAUUGACAAGGCACUUGAGGUAUUUGAUCAAUUUAGGAAGACAUCAAUUUCUUCAGAUGCAUGCUACAAUAGUAUUAUUAAUGGCCUUUGCAAAAUGGGUAUGGAAGAAAUGGCCAUUGAGGCAUUGCGUGAACUCUCUCAUAAAGGUCUUGAGUUGGAUAUAGGCACAUAUAGGAUGUUAAUGAACACAAUAUUUAAAGAAAACAAUACAAAAGAGGCUUUAGAUUUGGUUUACAGAAUGGAAGGUCUGGGGCCAGACAUAUAUGAUGCUGUAUGUAAUGAUUCCAUCUUUUUAUUAUGUCAAAGAGGAUUAGUUGAUGAUGCAAAUCAAUUGUGUAUGAUGAUGAAAAGGAAAGGCUUAUGUGUCACAACCAAGUCUUAUUAUUUGAUUUCAAGAGGGCAUCUUUGUAGUGGGAAUAGGGAGCAAAUUUUGCCCCUUUUGAAUAGUUUUCUGAAAGAACAUGGUCUAGUUGAACCAAUGGUACAAAAGAUACUUGCAUGCUACCUCUGUCUGAAAGAUGUCAACAGCACCCUUCGAUUUCUUGGGAAAACAGUGGAUAACUCUUCAGCAGUCACUUUUCCUGUCUCCAUUCUCAAGAUUCUUGUAAAGGAGGGUAGAGCUCUAGAUGCAUUUAAACUUGUCAUGGAGAGUCAAGAUAAUUUACCAGUAAUGUAUGUUGACUAUGCCAUUGUGAUUGAUGGCUUGUGCAAGGAAGGAUAUAUCAAUAAAGCAUUGGAUCUUUGUGCCUCUGUUGAAAACAAAGGAAUGAAUUUGAAUAUAGUCAUAUAUAAUUCAAUAAUAAAUGGGUUGUGCCACGAGGGACGUCUUAUUGAAGCAUUUCGGCUAUUUGAUUCAUUAGAGAAACUUAAUUUGAUACCAUCUGAAAUAACUUAUGCUACAUUAAUUUAUGCUCUAUGUAGGGAGGGAUUUUUGCUAGAUGCAGAACAUGUUUUCAGGAAAAUGAUCCUGAAAGGCUUUCAACCAAAAAUACAAGUUUACAAUUCAAUACUUAAUGGUAUUUGUAAGUUUGGUCAAUUAGAGAAGGCAUUUGAGUUUCUAAAUGAUAUGGAGAUGAAUAAUAUUGAGCCUGACAACCUGACUGUUAGUGCUGUAAUUAAUUGCUAUUGCCAGAAGGGUGAGAUGGAAGGAGCCCUUGAAUACUAUAAUAAGUUCAAGAGGAAGGACAUAUCACCGGAUUUUUUGGGGUUCUUGUAUUUGAUAAGAGGUCUAUGUGCCAAGGGAAGAAUGGAAGAAACCAGGAGUGUUAUGAUAGAAAUGCUCCAGUCCAAGGAUGUGACCGAGAUAAUUAACUUAGUCAAUAAGGAGGUUGAAACUGAGUCGAUAAGUGAUUUUAUGGCCGCUUUGUGCAAGGAAGGAAGGAUUCAAGAAGCUGUUACGGUUCUCAAUGAAAUUGCAUGUAUACUUUUUCCUGUUCAAAGGUUGUCCACUUAUAAUCAAGCAUUCCAUAAACAGCAGAAGAUUUAUGAAUGGAACGAUUUUGGUUCAAAAUCUUCAAGCAUUCUACCUUCCUCUUGCAAGAGCAGUUUGAGUUUUGGAUCUUGUGAUGAGAAAGAUGUAAGGAAUCUUUCAACAGUUAAUGGUAGUUGUAUGACAAGAUCCCAGCUGCCUGCCUUUGACUUCUAUUAUUCUAGAAUUGCUGCACUUUGUGCCAAAGGGGAGUUGCAGAAAGCCAAUCAAUCAGCAAAAGAAAUGCUUUCUGACCUGAUGGAGUCUAUAAACUGAACAUAUGGGAUAAAAAGGAAAAGGAAUUCUCUUAAUGCAAUACUUCUCUCCCUGCAAUGCCAGUGAAGAGUGCACAUGGAUGAUAACUGCAGGUAAAAAUCUUUCAUAUAAUUAAGUUUCUAAAGUGCCUAUACAAUAUACAUAAUACAUGUGUACAAUCAUUUACCAUCCGGUUGGUACUCAAACUUAGUGUAAUGAAACUAGUCAAAUUAGAAUGGAGCUUUACAAAUAUUACCUGAAUGAUUAAUGUCACUUUUUAUAUAUGUAAAUUCAUGACUUCUUUGUUAGACAAUUUCAGCAUGCCUUACAUAACUAUAUUCUUUUCAAUUGCAUUAUUUUAUCAGAUCUAUUGCCCUCCACAUUACUUAAUUUAUUUUGUGUAACUGCUUAUGUCUGAUCUCCUGUGUGCUUUUCCUCUUUGCCUUUCAAUUUUUUUGGGUUAAUGGUGUGUCUGUGUGUUCCCACUCCCCAAUUUUUAUUAGAUAUCAGGGUUAUCUGUCUCAUUGUCUGAAGGCUUGGGUUUGUACCAGCAGUAGCUGUAAUGGAACUUGAUCUAAUUUUAUAAAUAGGGGUAUUAGACUAUGGUAUUGUAACACAAUACGUUGCUACUGCCUCCCAGAAGCUGUGCUCUUUUCCUCCUUCCCUAACCCUAAAUCUUAAGGCAUAUCAAAGGUGUCCAUGCUUCUGUUAAAUUAGUUUAUGGAACUCAACGUAUAUGCCCUCUUCUCGGUCUGACUUGUUGCCCUAAUCAGCAAUCUGAAAAGGACAGGCAUCUAAAAUGAGUAGAAAUAAUGAUAAAUUGUUAUUUUGAAACUUAUCAUAGAAUUUUGUUUCAAGCAUGAGACACUGAAAAUUUAUUCUGGGUAUUGGGAAAGAUAUUGCAACUGCUUGGUCUUUUGUGUGUCUUUACAUUGAUGUUUCCAUUUAUUUCUUAGAAUUUGUGCCAUGGCAUUUAGCCAGAAGUCACAAAACCAAAUCAUCUCUCUUAUAAGUCAAUGUCAUAUUUAAAGACUGAUGAGAACUAUGACAUCCAUGGUGGAGAAUUCAAGUUAUUGAUAGAAAGAUAUAGCAGCAACAAUAGGAACAGAAUCAUCUUAAAUGCUGGACCUGAAUCAAAAAGCUUCACACAUAAAGUGAUUUGCUAGGAACUUGUUGGAGUUGGACUCAGCACUGAACCUUUAUAGGAUCUGCUAUUGAAUAAAUGGUAAAUAUACAUAAACCUUUGUCUCAUUUAAUUUGGGUUUGUUGCUUAAAUUAUAAUACAGCAUUGAUUCUUGGAAAGCACAUCUUGAAGAUACAACUGAAACUUUAAUAUUUUUAUUUAUUUAUUCCUUUUUAAAUACAAGGGUGGUUUCCCUUUCAAUUAACUAUACAAUGAUUUUAUUUUUAUAUUUUUUCUGUUUAUUAAACUAAAUAAAGAUUUUACUUACACUUAGGUGAUGAAAUUUGUUUCAUACUCUAUUUCUUUUCUGUUUCCAAUUAUAUGUGGUUUUCAUCAUCUGUAAUUAGGCCACAUAGGUUCCGGUACGUGCUGGCUAAAAGAGUACUUCUAU